AUUAGAAGUGAUACAUCAGAGAUCCUGGAUGAGACCAUUCCGCUCAUUAAAGACAAGGUGAUGGAAGUGAACCACAUCUAUGCCAAAGUUGAUAAAUUAGAGGCAUUUGUUAAAAUGGUUGCGCACCAUGUUUCCUUCCUAGAAGAACAAGUGCUUGAAGCAGAGAAGAGCCAUGGCACCUUUCUUAGUGCUGCUUUCAGAUAA